CAAGCCUCAAGAUACAUUGCAAAUGUUGAAGCUUGGGAGCUGCUCUUAUGGCGUCCGAAGCCUCUGCUUCUUCCUGCGCCAUCCAUUGCUGUACUCAACAACAACCUCUCUAACCAAUCAAGUUAGGGAUUCCUCCAGAUUCUUCGAUGUUCUUGUAUGCUGUUAAUAUACUACAUUGCUGUAGUGAGAAGAAUGUCAAGGAUAAAUGCCAAGUAUUUAAGAGUUUUGGAUGGACUCAGCCUGAUAUCAUGAAAUUGAUCAGGCUAAAUCCUAUGUGUUUCACUAGUUCAGAGGCGAGGAUCAAGGAAAGACUAGGCUGUCUGAUGAACCAAAUGGGUUACAAGCCCAACUAUUUAGCAAUGCAUCCUAUAUUAUUCAUGUGUAGCAUGGAGAAGAGAUUAUUGCCAAGACAUCGAGUCUUACAGAUUUUGAAGGAGAAAGGGCUUUUAAGGGAGGAUUAUCUUCUUACUUCUGCUAUUUGCUUGUCCGAGUCUGUGUUCUUGAAAAGGUUUGUUCUGCCAUUUGAGGAAGUCCAUCAAGUUUAUGCUCAACUCACAGGUUCUACAGUGGAGUCGUUCAAUAAAGUUGUUAAAUCCUAAUGCUGCUUCAUUUUAGUCAGUGCAUAAGGUAUUAGGCAAUGUUAAUGUUGUUAUUUUCAUCAAAACGAUUUUCUAUAUUCUCCAACUUUAAUGCCCCUUUAAAUGAACCAGAAAAGGUUGUAGCACUUGUACGUCAAUGUGAUUGGGAAGGUUUCAUUGCAAUGCCAUUACUUUGUUGCUUUGCAUUGAGUAAUACUUAAGUUUAAUGAUCUUUUUUUUAUUAAAAAAUACCGGGGAUUUAGUGAUUGUUUUCAUUAUGGUUUGGACUCAGGAACUCAUGUACGUAGUAUUUGGUUUGGACUUGGGAACUCAUUAAUAAUACGAGGUACAGAUCUGAUAUCUCUUGUUUUCUGUUUUCUUUUCA